AAAAAAGUCAACAACAUGUUAACUGACAUGACACCGACGGCUGGUCAAUUGUAUGGCUCACAAAUACCCACUAUGGGCAUGAAUAUCACAAAUAUUGCAACACAUUUACAAAAGCCAACUGUUAAUCCGGAUCAUCCUAGCUUAAGAGGCACACCUUUGGCUAUGCUGGCUGCCCAGUGCAAUAAAUUAAGUAGCAAAUCCCCACCACCUUUGGCUGAUGCAGCUGUGGGUAAGGGUUUCCAUCCCUGGAAGAAGAGUCCUACAUCACCAUCAUCCCAGGCGAAUAGCAGCAACAAUAACACCUCCACAGGUUCAACGAGUUCAAAUGCCUCGGCUGGACAGCAUUCUCCCUGUGCUAUAUCAUCGGCUUCCUCAACAAAUUCUUCAGUGGGUGGCCAUAUACCAGGGAUCUGCUCUUCAGCAGGUGCUAACACUUCUAGGAGUUUACCCGGCAGUGGCAUAAACACCAUGGUUAAUAUAACAGCCAGCAUUUAUCCUUACAGUCGCCCUAUAACCUCGUCCUGCGCUGCUGUUACCACACCCUCUGCCUAUGGCAGUGAUUUAUUUUAUCCCAAUACCUCAACUGCAACCGGUGGCAUGGUCACCGAUAAUCAUCACAUGCAUCAGGGUUUGCUGGGCAAAGUGGAAGGCGCCACCUUUGGCUCUGUUUACUCGAGACAUCCAUAUGAUUGGCCGUUUAAUGCAGUGACAGCUUCGGCCCAUAAGGCCGCUGAGGCUGCUAGUGUUAAUUCGGGAUGGUGGGAUAUGCACAGUGCUGCGGCUGGCAGCUGGUUGGACAUGGGUGGUGCAGCUGGUAUGCAUUCGACUAUGGCCAAUUAUGCCACCGCUACUUCAGACUAUUCUUCAGCCUUAAGCCAUUCUCUCUCAAAUACGGCUCAUCUGUUGGGUUCGGGUCAACAUUUGCUGCAGGACACCUACAAAAGUAUGCUGCCCUCGCAAAGUGUAGGCGGAUUCUCACUACCACACAAUUCACCUUCUGCAGUAUCCACAGCCUCAACACCACAGGCCACUUCUCCUACCACACCCUCACCGCGAUCUCAGCGUAGGUAUGCCGGCAGAGCUACUUGUGAUUGUCCCAACUGUCAAGAAGCCGAACGUUUGGGACCUGCCGGUGUGCAUCUAAGAAAGAAAAAUAUACACUCCUGUCAUAUACCGGGAUGUGGCAAAGUUUAUGGCAAAACUUCUCAUCUUAAAGCUCACUUGAGGUGGCAUACUGGAGAAAGACCUUUUGUAUGCAAUUGGCUAUUCUGUGGCAAACGUUUUACUCGUUCCGAUGAGCUGCAGAGGCACCUCCGAACCCAUACUGGGGAAAAGCGUUUUGCUUGCCCCGUAUGCAAUAAACGUUUUAUGCGCAGCGAUCACUUGGCCAAACAUGUGAAGACCCAUAACGGCACCGCCCCGGCAAAUGGCAUUAAAAAGGGAUCCUCGGAGUCAUGCAGUGAUUCGGAAGAUGUCAACAAUCAGUCCAAUGAAUCAAAUGGCUUAAAUAACUCGGGUAAUGGCAGCAACAAUAACAAUAACAGUGGUAACAACAACAGCAACAGUCAUCCUGGCACACCCAAUUCCCAUCAACCCGGUACACCCACACAAGGUCUCAAUCAAAAUUUACACAUGUCCUCGCCACAUCACAUGUCGAGUGGCUCGCCGGUCAUGUUCAAUCAUCAACAACAUCAAUUGCAUCAUCAGCAACAACAGCAGCAGCAACAACAGGUACAACAUCAUUUGCAUCAACAGCAGCAGCAGCAACAACAACAACAGCAGCAGCAACAACAGCACUCUCAUCCCCAUUUACAUGCUCACACCCAUCAUCAUCACCAUCAUUUGUUGGGCAACAAUUCGGCCGCCUCCAGUCCCGUGCUGGAUCAUCACAGUACUUUGGUCGACAUUAAGCCACCCAUGGUUUGAGGUUCACUUGGGCCCUUUCUGUUUAGCAACUGAACAGAGGCCGGGUCCUAUCUAAAGGAUUUCAUGACAACAAUGGCUCUUUUUGAGGAAGAAGAAAGGGCUUAUUUAUAAAGAACACGAACAAACAAAUGUAAUAAAUCUAAUAAUUAAUCAUGUAAAUAAAUAAAACUAAUUAUGGAUUGUUAGUAGAUACUUAAUUAUUAACACAACUAAAAACAAUUUAAAUUAUUAAGCUAAAUUAACAAAAAAAAAACAAGAAUUAGAAAAAAGAGCACUUAAGAGAGGGUAUAAAGAGUUCCAAAAGAGUAACAAGAAAAAAGGAAAAUAAAAGCGCAACCAAGCUCUAAGAGAGGGAAAAUGAACACCAGUAGGCAAAUUAUGGCAUUUGAAGGCAAUCAAAUGCUGUAAUUUUCCCUCAAAUUAAAAUAUACAAUAUUUAAUAUUUAAGUAAUACAAAAUAAAUUAGUUAGACAUUUUAGCUAAAAAAAAUCCCUUUAACCAAACAACAAAUCCUUGUACAUUAAUAUUUUAAUAAAAAUAAUUUUACAAAAUCAAUCCAAACCAAACUCUUAACGAGAGCAUUCAUUACAAAUAAACAAUUUUUAAAAUAAAUACAAACAAAUUCUCUUUAAUCCGCUUUGGCCUUUUUUUGAAACAUAAAAAUAGUAAUAAAUCUUAAAUGAAUUAAAAAAAUAUUUUUUAAAAUUAUUUUAAAAACUACCAAG